GUAAUAUUUAAGCCAAUACUGUUUUCUAUCAUGGAUGAGUUUAUUAUGUGUUGGCCUGUGGAAUUUGGUCUUUUCAAACACUCAUAAACUAAUUUUGCAGGUUUUUGUUUUGGUCAAAGCUGAAAGCAUCUUGAAGAGAAGGACUCCACUCAUUUAAGCUCUGACUGAGUCCAAACAGACAGCACUAUGGCUUCAGACUCUGAUAGACCGGGCUUCUGUUUGGUGGACUAUGUAGUAUUUGCUGCUAUGCUGGUGGUGUCGGUGGGCAUCGGGCUAUUCCAGUCUCUGAGAAAGACCCCAGGACGCUCCAACGUCGACAGCUUCUUCACAGGGGGAAGGGGUUUCUCUGCUGUGCCGGUUGGACUGUCACUCUGUGCCAGCUUUAUGUCAGCCGUCCAAGUGCUUGGUGUGCCAUCAGAGGCAUAUUUAUAUGGCUUUAAGUUCCUCUAUAUGUGCCUGGGACAAGCGCUCAACUCCCUCAUUACUGCAGUUCUGUUUGUUCCCGUGUUUUAUCGGCUCAAAAUCACCAGCUCAUGUCAGUAUUUAGGAAUGAGGUUUGGCAGAGGGAUGCAGCUCUUGGGAAGUUUACAGUUCAUUGUAGCCACACUCCUCUAUACUGGAAUAGUGAUCUUUGCUCCUGCAGUUAUCUUGAAUCAGGCCUCAGGCCUAAAUAUGUGGGCAUCUCUCUUCUCAACUGGACUCAUCUGCACAUUUUACACGACAGUGGGUGGUAUGAAAGCUGUAAUCUGGACAGAUGUGUUUCAGAUUGUAGUCAUGCUAUCUGGGUUCAUUGCAGUCUUCAUUCAGGGCACCAUUUUGGCAGGAGGGCCUGCCAGAGUUUUGGAGAUCGCCAACAAUGGAUCCCGCAUCAAUUUUAAUGAUUUUGUUAUAGACCCUCAGAAGCGCUACUCGUUCUGGAGUUUCACAGUGGGUGGCACUAUGGUCUGGUUAUCCAUGUACGGAGCCAAUCAAGCUCAAGUGCAGCGCUACAUAUCAUGUCGCACUGAGAAACAAGCUCAACUGGCGCUGCUGGUUAAUCAGGUGGGUCUGUGUUUGAUUGUGAGCAGUGCAGCCACAUGUGGCAUUGUGAUGUUUGCUUUAUACUCCAGCUGUGACCCACUGAAGACCGGCAGGAUAUCUGCUCCUGACCAGUAUAUGCCGUACCUGGUUUUGGACAUUUUCCGUAAUCAUCCAGGCUUUCCAGGUCUUUUUCUAGCCUGUGCCUACAGUGGAACUUUAAGUACUGUCUCCACCAGCAUUAACGCCAUGGCAGCUGUUACUAUGGAGGAUGUAAUGAAGCCAUGGCUAAUCACUGUUUCACAGAGAAAACAGCUCUUGCUCUCCAAGUUAUUAUCACUGUUGUAUGGGCUUGGCUGCAUUACAAUGGCUGCGCUCUCCUCCCUGUUGGACUGGGGGGUCCUUCAGGGUUCAUUCACAGUCAUGGGGGUAGUGAACGGUCCACUCCUGGGAGCAUUUGUGCUGGGCAUGUUUGUUCCAGCCACAAAUAAACCAGGGGUGUUCUCAGGUGUGGCUGUGGGAUUCUGUCUGUCUCUAUGGCUUGCUGUUGGAAGCACAAUUUAUCCUCCUACACCAGAAAUGAUGGGUGUUUUACCCACCAGUGCUGGUAACUGUCUGGCAAGUAAUGCAAUGCUUAACAGCACCAUUACAGUCACUGAAUCUUCUAUCUUGCCAUCAUCAGUCCCUCAGGAUUAUGGCCUUCAAAAUAUCUAUUCGAUAUCCUACCUGUACUUUGGAGCCCUGUCAACUAGUGCAGUCGUGCUGGUAGGUGUGGUGGUUAGUUACAUUACAGGACCCACCAAGAAGGAUUCUAUCAGUCCUGGUUUGUUAAGAUGGAACUUGGAACAAAAGACAUGCAAUGCAUCCGGUCAUAACUUGAAUGAAGCUACGACAAACAAUCCCACAGAAAUCCUUCUCAGUCCGAAAUAACUUUUUGCCACUGCUGAUAAACAUGAUAUAUUACUGAACAAAGGUGAUGUUUAGACAGGUGCGGGAUUGGCAAGUUACAAGUUAGGUUUCUAUUUUCAAACUAAAUUUUAAAGAAAUACUGCAUUAAUUGAUGAAAUGUUGAACAACUUUACUGACAUCAUGCAGACUCUCAUAUCAAAAAUGUUAUCUCUGUUUUGAUUGACCUUACUGAAUACCUAGCCGUCAUCACCUGAUUCGAAAGAUGAUCCAUUGACCUAUUAAACAAUAGUGCCUUCUUUCAUAGUGCAAAAUCAUGCACAAUAGGUUUCUGUUCAUCAUACACCUGCAUCGCACCUGUAUGUCAGUUCACUUUCAUUCCUGGCCAAGUAUAGAAGAGAAGAAAGCAUAAGCAUGCACACUAAAGAGAUCUGAAAGUAACUUAAUUAACUGAAUGCUUUUAAUAGAGAUUUAUCCUUAUGAUUCUUUUCUAAAUUAUUAACUGUGAAAGUAUGUUUGAUUAUUAGUUUUAGAGAAUACGUAGCCUGAAAUGAUUUAACAGUCUACAAAGAUCCUUUUUAUUGACCAUUUAUUGAACAGAUUUUAACUAUACCACAAAAAUAAAUAAUGCAUUUCAUUUGUUUGUGGCAGACAGGGAUAUUAUUUAUGUGUCUAAAGCUAUAAAACAAGGCUCAUUAUUGGUAUAUUAAUUCUUAGCAUUUCUUAGCUCUCGGUUAUGACCUAGAAAAGUCACCUGAAUGUGCCAGAAAGCCCUAAAGAAAAAAACUGAAAGUCAUCAGAAUCCAGAUGAAUUUUUGUCAGUGUUUGUUUUAAACCAGUACAAUUCAUGCAUAUUUUAAAUAUUUGUAUAAUUUUUACCUGUAUCGCAUAGAAAAGCUGUUUAAUGAUGGAGUGCCCCAUCACAUUCACAAUAAACUGAAAUGUUAACACUAA